GCUUCCUGGUCUGUGGAUAACAGGAUCCAGGCUCCAACGUUCCUAAUAGCGAACAGGACUGCUCCGAUCUCCAGAUAUUCAUAUAGGGGCUCCUACAUAGAGAGAGGGAGUCUUUCUAUAAGUUCAUCAUUCGAUCUGCUUGCGUCAUCAGAUUUGUCUAUAACUAUCAGUGUUAUCCUAUCGCCAUGGCUACUCGCAAAAUCACUUUGUACCUGGACAUUGUGAGUCCAUUCGCAUACAUAGCCUUCCACGUGCUAAGGAAGUCUGCUGCUUUCUCGAGAUGCGAUAUAACCUAUGUACCCAUCUUUUUGGGGGGGUUGAUGAACAUGUGUUCCAACACGCCUCCCAUCCAGGUCAAGAAUAAAGCUUCCUGGAUCAAUAAGGAGAGAAUUCGCUGGGCUAAGCGGUGCUCUGUCCCUAUCGCAGAGAAAACACCAGAUGGCUUUCCAACUCCCACGCUAAGUGUGCAACGUGCCCUCUGCGCUGUGUCCAAGCGUCAUCCCGCGCAUUUCGCUCAGACUAUUGAAGAACUGUAUCAAUCCUACUGGGUCGAAGGAAACGCGAGAAUAGGCCAGCCAGAGGGGUUCCUUCCAGUGCUCGAGAAGGUUCUUGGAACAGAGGUCGCGCAUGAGGUCCUGAAAGCUUCCAAUCAACAAGAUACAAAGAACCUACUCUCUGCCAAUACCGGGCAGGCUUUCAAAGCAGGUGCUUUUGGGUUGCCGUGGUUCGAGUGUACCAAUUCCCACGGUGAAACCGAGUGUUUCUGGGGUAUUGAUCGCUUGAGCCAUGUGGCUGACUUUUUAGGAUUAGAGCAGAGCUGGGACAAGGGAUUUAAGGCCAUGAUGUAAUUGAGAAUUCCUUCAAGGGAACCAGUAUUUCCUGGGUCGUGGUUUUGAUGAAAACUGAUAUUUGAUGCUUAUUGACUGAGAUUCCUUCAUAUCCGAUGUGUCUCGAAGCGAAACUGGCGAUUUUAUGGAGAAAGAUCCAUACUAAUCAACUCAUUUCUUAUGGUUUACUCCACUGGUGCUCUUAUGAUUCUCUUUAAGAAAAUCCU